AUGGCCAGCACUGGUUUGUUACUGUUGGCUUCUGUGGUAAUCCUGGUGAAUAUGCAUCAGUCGCGAGGAGUUUCUUUAAGUCCAUAUGGGCGAAAUGUUCGGACAUUAUAUACAGCAUAUUAUGUGCCUGAAGGAAGAUCUUAUAAAAUAUAUUAUUAUGUCAGAACGUGCACUACGACAUGCACUUUUUUUUGUUGGGGGAGAAGACGGGUAUGUAGUAAUCGGCAGAAAAGCAAAUGGAAAACUGUUUACACAUAUGUGAGAAGAACCAGGAAAAUUUACAGAUGCAGCUACGGCUGGAAGCAAAGUGGAUCUAGUUGCACAAUACCUGAAUGCUACGGCUGUUAUGGUCAUGGGCAUUGUAAUCGUCCUUGGACGUGUUCUUGCAACUCGGGAUGGACUGGUUCACGAUGUCGAAGUGAUAUUAACGAAUGUUCUCGAACCUGGAAAAACAGUUGUAGUUAUAAACCUGGCUGCAUUAACACUGAUGGAAGUUACCGAUGCACAUGUGCAAGCGGUUUUCGCUUGGGCCCUUACAGGAGAAGAUGCAAUGAUGUUAAUGAAUGCACUACAUAUCAAAACGGCUGUAGUUACCAAGCUGGCUGUCAGAAUACAGUUGGAAGUUAUUUAUGUACAUGUCCACAUGGAUAUUAUCUUGAUGGUGACAGAAGAACAUGUCGAGACAUCAAUGAAUGUGACAACAGUGACUGUGAUCACAACUGUAUAAAUUACCCUGGUGGAUAUACCUGCUCUUGCAAUAAUGGGUAUCGAGCUAACACAAAUGACUUCAAACGCUGCAUUGAUAUUGACGAAUGUUCUGAAAAAUUGGCAGGAUGUACUCAAAUAUGCACCAACACUGCUGGUGGUUUUAGAUGCAGUUGUAAUCCGGGAUAUUAUCUUGGCUGGGACCAAAAAAUUUGUAAUGAUAUUGAUGAAUGCAAGGGCAAUGAACAUGGGUGUCAACAUUCUUGUGAGAAUUCAUUGGGAUCGUACAAAUGCAGAUGCAGAACAGGUUUUGAGUUGUUCAGCGAUGGUAAAAACUGUACCGGUAAACCAUGUAUACCUAUUUACACGCCAGUGAAUGGUAAGAAGAACUGCUCAGGUUAUACAACGGAUCAUACAUGUUCAUUUUCGUGCUCUAUUGGCUAUAAAGAAGUUGGUUCACAUACACGAAGAUGUACUGCCUCAAAACUUUGGAGUGGAAAAGAGAUGAAAUGCAAAGCUAUCCACUGCCCGGCACCCAGAGAACCGAAGGACGGAUUCAUUUAUUCUCCGUGCAACACUCGAUUUAACUCGGAAUGUCGCGGGGGCUGCAACAAUGGUUUCUAUAUUAACGAUACUUCUAAACUAGCUUGUACAGUGGAAGGUAAAUGGGAGCCCUCACAAAUAACAUGUGAAGAAAUUAAAGUGUGUGAACCCAAUCCUUGUAAACAUGGAGGAAAAUGUACUACCUUAAAUCCCCGUCAGUUCUCUUGUAAUUGCUCGAAAACAGGAUACGAAGGAACAAAUUGCGAAAUUGGUGUCAUAGAUAUACCUGAUUAUCCAACAUUAGUCGCAGGUAUACCAGUUGAGUCGCUCGAAUUUCGAUCUUCACCACCAGACAAUUACGUCAUCCUCACUCCUCAGGGGUUUGGGGUUGAGUUCAAUCCUAAUUAUUUACGUUUCCAGCAAAAUUCUAACACGACACAGUCACUAACAAUGAUAGUUCGAUAUCCUGGUCUCCACUACGUGCGUUACUAUUUAUCAGGUCCUAGUGCAGCCGGGUAUGAGAUUCCGCAGCCGAACGCGUUAUUUGUCGAAACUGUCAAGAAAACGGAUCCCGAAGUUUUCACAGCAUACGAUAACAUGGAAUUUCCAUCUGGUUGCCACAAACUAGAAAUUGACAAGUGUCCUCACUCAAAUGUAACAAUUAGUGCAUAUUCAACGUCAUCUUGGCUUACCUUGCUUGUGGGCUUUCCAGCAACAACAGAGGGUCAAGUAAGUUUGAGUAAUGGCAAUUUGGAAAUACCUUAUUCUUUGACGGGUUAUAGUUUUAUUCCGAAGAAUCCUUCGAGUUUGGAUAAGGAUUGUGCUGCUAAUCCCACAGUAGAACAUUCCUUGAAAGAACUAGUACAGCACCGUAUUUUAACCAAGUCAUUUUUGAAAGUCUUUCGUCGCAGUCUUCCCAAGUGGCUUGAUAUCAAAAUACGUGGAAAUCAUUCCUCAACAUCAUUAGUGGAGACCGACCUUCACGCGUUCUACCUAACUGGAAGACGUCUCCGUGAAGAAUUCAUCGAGGGACAACCGUUGUCUGAUGAUACUUUCUUCUCUUUGCUACUCUCACCUGACAUCGAUCUGGUUGUUAAUGGCGAUCGUGUUUCGUUUGGAUUAAAUGAUCGUAACGCUCGUUUCCCUCUAGCCAUAGAGCUUUGUGGCCGACCUCCUAAUAACGUAAUAUUGCAACCGUCUCCACGCAAUUUGGAUGUGAUUAACCAACUCUCAGUAAUGAAAAAGCUACGUGAUUCUGGUUGGAAUUUCAAAAUUUUCUCUCUACAGAUUGGAAUGUCCCCUGGCAAAAAAGGCUUGACUAUGGUUGCAAAAUUGACUAAGAACUUGACCAUAUCCAAGUCCGUAACAUCUCGUGUUGAUUUUCAAGGCACAGUUUUAGCUAACGUGGACAACUUGGACACGAUCCCGGAAUUCCCAUUAGAUGAAAAGUGGGUGGUCGAGCUCAAUGGCAAUAUUAUAUUGACCUUGGAAUUCGAAGUACAUGGCAAGUUUAUAAAGUUGUCUCUUGAUAUGCCGCAAACAAGGAGUAAUGCAACAUUCGGAGGGGAGGAUCACGAAAGUUGUUUUCGUGUAAAGAAAAAUAAUUCCAACGGACUAUUCCUAUCAAAGAUUCUGAAAAAAGAUCCAUUUGUUAACACAGAACUAAACAAAUUUGUUGAACUUGAUCAGACUAAGGACAUGUCAUGUUUCCUGAGCACAUUAUUGUACACCAAAAAACAAAGUAUUGGCUCCCGUUAUCGUGAGAAAAGUAGUGGCGUCUUCUUGAGAUUUUAUGGCAAUCUCAAGUUUGGCGCUCUUCGAUUCGACAAUUUGAAUAUAAACUUGCGGAUUAAAAACAAACGCUGCUCAAUCAACACAGCGAAAGGUACGCGAUCUGAUGUUGUCGCUGAAUUAAGUGGAAGUUAUUGGCAUGCAGACAGAAUGCAAAAGAAACUUGGGAUGUUUGAAAUUGAUUCUGAUCCAGUUGUUAACCUACACAUUGGACAGAAAACAGCUUCUGCUUCUGGGGGUUCAUUUUCGGCCAGAGUGGGCGUUCUUGGUUUUAAAAGACGUGUAAAUGUGAAUAUCUCGCAUGAUGGCCUACGUUUUCGUACUAGAGGCAAAAUACAUGGAUGGUUCGAUGCGUCUGCCGUAUUUAAGUCACAGUUGACGGAGUGGCAAGACCAACGGUUCACAGCUGCAGGAGUUUUUAAAUUAAGGGAAACGGAUGAUAAUAUUGACAGUAUUUUAGAGAAAGAACUCAAAAUAUAUAGCACUGAACUUUUACGAAAACUAGAAGCCAGACUUGAUCUUUCUCUGCGAACUGAACAACAAGCGAAAUUUCGUCUUAAUGAUGCUCAGGGCCUUCGAGAACACUCCGUUAUGAAGAUGGUGGAAAUGACGAAGGAGUUUAGAAGAGUAAAUGAAAGCUUGGAUUUGGCUAAAAAGCGUUUAGACGACCUCCUCCAGCUAACCGGGGACUACUCUGAAGAAAUCCAGCGGCUAAAGCAGGAGUUAAACGAGCUAUGCGAGUUAAAACAGUGUCCUAAAGUAUGUCGGAAAGGAAAGAGUUGUGAAAUUUGUUGGAAAUAUGUAUUUGCUGAAAAGAUGGGGAUGUGUCCUGCAACGUGUCAUUAUAGGGAGCUGAGACUGGAAUUUGAAUCUCGGAGGAUCACAACCUCCCCAAAACAAUAUUGCAAGUGGGUUUUUCAGUCUCCAUUUAUGUAUUUACUUCAUUUAAUCGGAGCUAUCUCUGGCACGUCUCUACGACUGCCUCCCUCAGUUUCCUUAAUGGUUCGUGGAAGUACCGCACGAUUUACCCGAACUACCAGUCUACCAUGA